ACCGCCGUGAGAGGAAAAGGUGAUGACGACAGCGCGUAAAUCGGCAGCUGGAAACAUCAGAUGCCCUGGUUGCGCGAUUUGAACGGUGAACACAAGUGGCUGCCAGCUCAGUACCCGGCGGCUCCACAUUCAAGGGAUCGGAAAGCCUUGAUUAAGCGUGCGCUCCUAUUUGGAUCCGAGAAGGAUGUUGCGCUAUGUCUCGCUCAUCAUUCCCACUGUCUGAUUUUUAUGGGAUGCGGCUCCGUGCGAUCUUCACAUCUUUGCAGCACGAUAAACUUCACAAGCUAAUGAGUCAGAUCUGACUAAUAAAAAGUGCCGGAGGAGACAGAGAAGUUAAUACACUGAAAAUGUCCACAACGCACCCAAGCUCCCCGACGCCCAAACAGAGCUACCUUUCCACGGCCCCCUACGCGAAGACAGACCCUUCGGAGGUGAAGAGGCAAAUUCACCUGCUGCUUUUCGGCUUGUGCGUAACCAUCGCCGCUGCUACCUUUGUAGGAGGUGUGUUUUCACUGCUGUCUCUCCUCCGGAUGAGAAGAAAAACCUCCCUAUGUCUCAUUGUGGCUUCCUUGUCGGUGGACGACCUGCUCAGCGUGGUCCCCCUCUCCUUGUUCAUGCUUCUUCAGUGGGAGACGGAUGGAGGUGGAGGAUCGGGCAGUCUAUGCACCCUGUCUGGACUACUGUAUGUGUUCCAGGGUGUUUCUAGCAAUUUGAAGUCUUGCCUUAUAGCAGCCUACACUUUUUAUGUCACCAAGAGAUUUGGAGUUCUUCAGUCUGUUCGCCGGCCCCUAAGAGUGAUGUGGGCCAUUGCCGCUGUGUGGGCGGUCAGCCUGGCCGUCAGUGUGCUGCCUUUGUGCGGAUGGGGCAGCUUCACUCCAGCAUCUCUCGGGUGUUUCCCAGAGAGCGACAGCUUUUACAUCCUGCUGCUUUUCUCUUUAUAUUGUCUUUGUUUCUGCGGCUUGUUGUUUUUCUUUAUCCCUCUCACCUACCAGCUGCUGUGCUCCAGAGAACCCCAGAGGACUUUACUCUACCCCAGUUAUUUGGAGAUGCCCCGGGGACUGAGUGGUUCUGCUCCUCUUUGUGAUCUUCAGUCCUUUUCCCGGGACAGCUUGAACAAAAGUGUCGGUGACUACAACGAACUGAGCCCAAGUUCAUGCGGGACAAAGCUCAGGGAGAAAGAGGACAGCGGUCUGUCCCCAGUGUCUGCCAGCGGCCAGAGGAUAGCUGCUGUGGGGGACACACCAGUGGUGUUUGCACAAAAGCGCUUCUCCAUGAUCCUGGCGGUUGUCCGCGUUAUUUUGUGGAUGCCAAUGAUGACUUUGGUGCUUGUGCGCCAUGCAGUGAAUGCACGCAGCUCAUCCCUGGAGACUCUGAGCUUCUUUCUCACUCUCCUUGCCCCUGCGGUCACGCCGUUAUUCGUGUUGUCUGAGCGCUGGAUUCACAUGCCAUGUGGCUGCUUCAUUAACUGUAACCGUGAUCCAGUGCAGGAACCCUCAGUGAUGAAAAGAAGAUUUGAGUUCAACCUUUCCUUCCAACAAGGCUGUGGAGUAUACAAGUUGUCACAUGCCACUAUGUCUCACAACAUUCCUCCCCUUGAGAAGCCUGCCUAUCACAGCCUCUUUAACUGUGACUUCCCUAAUACCCGCCUUGAUGUACUAGAAAGUAGCAGGCUUUCUAGCCUGGGGCCCAGUUUCGAUUUCAGCACCACGUGCCCAGUGGACAGCUCCUCUCAUGCAGACCUGUUGGAAGAAGUCCCUGGCGGAGGAGAGGCGCUGGCUGACUGUCCUCCAUUUCCCAAUGAGAACCAUGGAGAUGAUGACAGGUUCCGCUGUAUCCCUUCUUUGUCUUCUCAUCAGCAGGAGCAGGAUCACAAUCUCACUGACACAUCAUCGGUGUUUGAGGGGCCCGAGAGGAGGCUAUCACAUGAGGAAUGUCGGAAAAUCGAGCUGACAGACUGGGAGUGGUGCAGGAGUAAAUCAGAGAGAACACCCAGACAGCGGUCAUCGGGUGGUCUGUCAAUCCCCCUGUGUGCCUUUCAGGGCACCGUAUCUUUGCAAGCACCUACAGGAAAGACUCUCUCUCUUUCCACCUAUGAGGUCAGCAGUGACGGACUCAAAAUCUCCCCAAACAAUGCCAAGAAGGUGGAAGUGUAUCGCUCCAAGUCAGUUGGCCAUGAGCCCAGUGCAGACGAGACAGCAUCGGGAGGCCAAGCUGGAGAUGUGAACAUCAUGGAGAUUGGAAUGGGGAUGGGUAUAGGGGCUGGCAUGGGGGAUACUAAUGUCAAGAUCCACCUUGAGGUUCUGGAAAUCUGUGACAAUGAGGAGGCCAUGGACAGCGUCUCCAUCAUCUCAAACAUCAGCCAGUCAUCGACCCACGCUCGCUCGCCAUCAUUGCGCUACUCACGCAGGGAGAACCGCUUUGUCUCCUGCGACUUGGGUGAGACGGCUUCCUACUCUCUGCUCAUCCCCAGCAGUGGCAACACCGAGACAGAGACCAUCAAUAUCACCAUACCCGACACUGUGGAGGCCCACCGGCAGAACAGCCGACGACAGACGCAGGAGAGCUCGGGAUAUCAUGAGGAGAUACAGCUGCUCAAUGAAGCCUAUAGAAAGCAGGCCGGUGAUAGGGAAGAGUGAGACACAUACAGGACAGCACAAAAGGUGACUUUCAAGAGGAGGCUUAAAGAAAACUCCUUACAAGGAAGGACGAAAGACAAUUUUCCUACUCAUUCCACAUUUGCUUCUUUCUGAUCACCACUCUGACAGAACUGCCAUGAGACCAAAUAGAGACUUCACUUACUCUUGUACCUCCUCUUCAGAUUGCAUCACAAGAGCACAUGCAUCACCUGUUUAUAGAGUACACAGGGAUAGUUUAGCCUGUAAAAGAACAGACUGUAGUGAAUCAGGCAAACGUGAGAUAGAGACAGAAGCAAAGAGUGGGGUGUGGGUAGGAGGGGUGUAGGAGAGAGAAACAGUAUUCCAGCAGAGCAUCUGUAUUCCUGCCAUGACUUUCACCAUGCAGUAUGCCAUGUUGUCAUCAUAAAAUAGAUUCAGGUUGAGAGAAAUGUGUUGAAAAAUGUUGGAAAUGUGGUGCUGAGGUCUGGUCACAUGUCUGAUAUAGCGCUGCUCCGGUUGAUUACAUCACUGGUGACGCACCUGUGAAGGGAGGGGUCACCUGACCCAUGGGUCUGACUCAUCGCAGUGUGUGUGUUAUCAUGCAUUUUUGUGUGUGAGAAGUAACCCUGCCCAUAAAGAUGAGGGUAAUGGUUUGCAGCAUCAACUACCAAAAGUAUUUAUUUGUUUCCCCUGUAUAUGUAAUUCUUUUAAUUUGGGUGUGUUUUCUUUGCGCCACCAGCUGCCACGUCACGUAUUACAUAAUCAGUGUCACUGCUAUCAAAUUAGUGAGAGAGAGACCACUAUCCGGGG